UACAGAUUCGAGAAAGCCCAGAUUCCAGAAUUUCUCUUUAAAAUUUUUAAAAAGUGUUAAAAGGGGCGUUUUUGUUGUUACAAGAGGAUACAGAAUAAACUAUGGCGGCCGAUCCCUGGACAAUUCUACCGCAUGAGCAUGCAAAGUUUGCGGAGCAUUUCCGCAAUUUGGGGCCCGUCAAUGGGAUCCUUACUGGGGAACAAGCGAAACGAUUCAUGCUGCAGUCUCAACUGCCGCCACCAAUAUUGGGGCAGAUCUGGACGUUAGCAGACACCAAUGCUGAUGGGAAAUUGGAUUUGAAAGAGUUUUCUAUCGCUUGCAAGAUAAUCAAUUUAAAACUACGCGGCAUCGAAAUACCGAAGGGCCUUCCGCCAUCUUUACUUGCCUCUCUCAGUCCAACUGGGCCAAAACAAAACUUCCCCCCUCCAAAACCCCCAGUCCCACCAAUGCCAGCAACCCAACCCCUUAUAUCCGGUUUGUCCCCAUCUCAAUCGCUCCUCGGAGAUAUGUCCCUUGGCCCAAAACCGGUCCCAGAUCUGAUAUCGGGGGUCAAACCAACCCCACCUUUACCCCCGCAACCCCUGAUUAACCAGCAACCCCUGAUGAAUCAACCCCUAGUGGGUAUAACUCAGUCAUCUCAACCCCUCAUGUCAAAUCAACCUCUCAUGUCGAAUCAACCCCUAAUGACAAGUCAACCCCUCAUGUCAAAUCAACCCCUAAUGACAAAUCAACCACCUAUGUCAUCACAACCCCUUAUGUCAAAUCAACCCCUGAUGACAAGUCAACCACUUAUGUCAUCGCAACCGCUUGUAAACACAAGCCAGCCAAUUAUACCACCAAUGCCGAUGACGUCACAACCCCUAAUGACGUCACAGCCCCUUAUGACGUCACAACCCAUGAUGACGUCACAGCCCAUGAUGCCGUCACAGCCUCUAAUGACGUCACAGCCGCUUAUUUCGUCGUCCCAACCCCUAAUACCAACUUCGCAACCGUUAAUGUCGACAUCGCUUGCCCAAACUGUGCCAAUGUCGCAAUCCUUGAUAAGCUCAGCUCCAAUCAUGAGCCAACCUGUGGUCCAACCCUUGGCCCAACCUCCAGUUGUACCAUUGGCUCAACCGACACCACCACUAGCCCAACCGGUGGCCCAACCUUCGCCACUACCGCAGCUCGGCCAAUCGCCAACAAUGGCCAAUCCGCCGCUAGCGAUGGGCCAACCCCUCCCAUCAGGUACAACGGUGGCAUCUAUAGUUAGUCCACCGAAGAAUGGAACACCAAGUGUAGUAGGUUCGAUUCCCGGUCAACCAAUUACGUCUACGCCUAUUACGGCGGUCAAAAGCGAGUCGUUUUCUAAGCCUGGGUCUGUAGUGACAAGUCCUACAGACGUGCCUAUGGGUGUGGUCAGUCCACCCCCCGUGGAGUGGAAUAUACCACAACAGCAGAAGUUGAAAUACACACAACUCUUCAACGCAACAGACAAGGCCAAAUCUGGUUCAGUCUCAGGCGCUCAAGCCAGGUCCAUAAUGUUACAGUCGAGACUACCCCAACAAACAUUGGCCCAAAUAUGGGCGUUGGCGGAUUUGGACUGUGACGGGAAGUUGGGUUGCGAAGAGUUCGUGUUAGCGAUGUAUUUGUGUGAGCGAGCGACGCAAGGCGAAGCCCCGCCGGCUAAACUGCCGCCGGAAAUGAUACCGCCCACUUUUAGACGUGAUUCAGUCACAAGUAACACAAGCGCUAAAUCAUACGAAGAGAGAAGGAAAGAGAACUUGGCGAGAGGACAGGCGGAGUUGGAGAGAAGACGGUCGCAAUUGGCUGAUGUACAGAUGAAGGAGAAGGAGGAAGAGGCGGAAAGAGAACGGAAAGAGAGAGAAGAAGCAGAGAAGAAAGAGAAGAUGCGACUCGAAGCGCAGAAGAAGGAACAAGAAGAGUUGCUGAGGAAACAGAAAGAAGAACAGGAAAAACGUGAAGCGGCUAGAAAAGAGAUGGAAAGACAAUGUCAAUUGGAGUGGGAGAAGAAGAGAACGCGGGAACUAGAAUCACUCCGUACAGAGGAGCAAAGCAAAGUGCUCAGUCUGAAAGCUCGCAGCCAAGCGCUUUCCGGCGAACUUGGCGCAGUCAACCUCAGAGCUGGGAACUUGGCCAAGGAUAUAAGGGAGACUCGCACUGCAGUGGCUACAGCCAAGUGCACUAUAGACGCUAUGCGGUCAGACAGAGACGCAAAUAUGUCCGAAAUGCAACAACUUAAGGCUAGAGUGAAGGAAUUGAACGCGAAGCAAAUUGCGUUGAACAAAGAGAAAGCUGAUUUGGACGCUAAGGCGAAAGCAUCAGAAGGCGCCGGUGAAGAUGGAAAAUUGAGCAUGAUGGAGGUUACAUUGAAACAACUUCGUGAAAAGGUCGAAGCAGCGAAAGCAAUAGUCGAUUCCAAGCGUUCCGACCUUGAAACGAACAAACAACAACUCGCCGAUCUAUCAGCGAACGUGGAACAACUCAUCGAAAAGUGUAGCGCCGUUUGGCAGUUGUAUGAAGCGAAGCGAAGCGAAUACGAAGCUAGUAGGAGCACUGCACCUGCUGAAGCUGCGUGGGGUUCUGACGCAGCAUGGGGUACGAAUGAAGAAGCAUGGGCAGCACCGGCCACUGCUGAUUGGGGUGACGCUGAACCCACUACUGCAACGGAAGCGGUGACGUCACAAGCGAAUCCAAGAUGGCGGUGCGUGUACGAAUUCGCCGCGAGAACUGUUGACGAGAUGAGCUUACAGCCGGGAGAUUUGGUAUUCGAAGCCGAAGCCCCGCGGGGUGUCGCAGAGCCCGGAUGGAAAUGGGGCUCCGCUAGAGGUCGAACCGGCUGGUUCCCGGAGUCUUACGUGGAAGAUUUGACAACUGCGCCCUCUGUGUACACAGAAACAUUAGAGCCUGUGGAAAAUAAGACACAAUUGGAGGGUAUAGCGGAAGUGCCAGAGCCGGAAAUAGCAAGCGAUUUGGGCGGAGCCAUGCCUGCAGUUGAAGGCGGAGACUUCUACAUAGCCGCGUAUCCAUACGCUUCAACUGAACCCGGGGAUUUAACAUUCGAGGCCGGAGAGAGAAUAGAGGUGAUACGGAGAGAUGGGGACUGGUGGACCGGCAGGAUUGGCGUGCGAACCGGCAUAUUCCCGUCAAACUACGUGACAAAAGACACGACGACGGGCGAUGAGCUCAUGUCAGCGAUACCGGAGGCCCGGGAGCCCGAACCGGAGCCCCAAGUCGAGGUGCAAGCUGUGGAGCCCCAACCGGAGCCCGAGAUACCGCGGGAGCCCCCGGUGCAGUCUGUGGCGGAGCCCCAACAUGAACCCGUGGACAUAAUGAGGGAGGAACAAAAAUCGUCCACACCCAUAUCAUCAGAAGUGGCCAAUAUAACAGACAGUGUUAGGCCUUCGUCGGCCAUGAGACGGGACUCCGGUCGGGACUCCGCUGCCGGCAGACGGGCUAAGGAAGUCGCACAGGCACUUGCCAAUUAUACGGCCACUAGCGCUGAACAACUCUCCCUAAUGAAGGGUCAGCUUCUAAUCGUCCGCAAAAAGGCAGAUAGCGGGUGGUGGGAGGGGGAGUUACAGGCAAAGGGUCGAAACCGGCAAAGUGGCUGGUUCCCGGCUAGCUAUGUCAAGGUGUUACAAUCGUCUGGACGCACUUCAGGUCGGACUACGCCCGUUUCGUCCAAAAUGGACGCAUUGCCCGCGGAAACUGUCAUCGAUAAGGUGAUAGCCCUUUACCCGUACACGGCACAAAAUGCUGACGAAUUGAGUUUUGAGAAGGACGAUAUCAUAGCUGUUACCGACCGCAGUCAGGAUCCGGACUGGUGGCAAGGCGAGCUACGAGGCAUGACGGGUCUGUUUCCAAGCAACUACGUGACGAAAUUAGUGAAUUAAACUAUUAAUAUUAUAUUAAUUAUAAUAUUUAUUUAGAAAUCACUUCGCUUUCUGUCAUUGUCAUGUUAAAAAUAAUUAAUUUAGCUUGAAUAAAAAUAUGCUGUUUUAGUGCUCUAGUAAAUUAUAGAUCAUCUAAAAAAUGAAUUUGAAGUUAAUAAUAAAAAAAAGUUGUGUGGUUUUAUGAAACCACGGUAAAAGUGAAACUUUUUUUCACACUAUAGACAUUUAACUAAAAA